UCCGUUCCGUUCCAUCCAUUUCUCUAGCUGCGAAAAACUGUUACUAGCUUCCUUCACAAUCCUUUCACAUCACACUUGGCUCUCUCUCACAUAUGAAUGCGUGAUCAUCACCAUCGUCAUGGCUUCUUCUGCCUCUUCGCUCCUCAGAGCAACCAGGACCAAACUCUUCUCUCCUUUCUCUUCUUCUCUUUCUAGAACCUUCGCCUACCCUCCCUCUCGUCUUUCUCCUUCCCUUCCACUCUCCCGAUCCCUCGGAUUCUCCUCCGCCGCCGCCCGCUCCCUCCCCCGCUGGAGCCACCGCGUCGAUUGGAGGUCUCCUCUUAGCCUCCGCUCUCAGAUCAGAGCCGUCGCUCCCGUCAUCGAACGCUUCCACCGCAAGAUCGCCACUAUGGCUAGUGAAAAUCCUUUCAAGGGAAACUUGACGAGUCUCCCCAAGCCUGGUGGGGGCGAGUUUGGGAAGUUCUACAGCCUUCCUUCGCUAAACGACUCGAGAAUUGAUAGGUUACCAUACUCUAUCAGAAUUCUCCUUGAAUCUGCUGUUCGUAAUUGUGAUAAUUUCCAAGUUACUAAAGAGGAUGUUGAAAAGAUUAUUGACUGGGAAAGCACUUCUGUAAAGCAAGUUGAGAUUCCUUUCAAGCCUGCUCGUGUUCUCCUGCAGGAUUUUACUGGAGUCCCAGCUGUUGUUGACCUUGCUUGCAUGCGUGAUGCUAUGAAUAAGCUUGGCAGUGAUUCUAAUAAGAUCAAUCCUCUGGUUCCUGUUGAUCUUGUGGUUGAUCAUUCAGUUCAAGUUGAUGUAGCAAGGUCAGAGAAUGCAGUGCAGGCCAAUAUGGAGCUUGAGUUCCAGAGAAACAAGGAGAGAUUUGCUUUUCUUAAAUGGGGGUCAACUGCUUUCCGUAAUAUGCUUGUUGUUCCUCCUGGUUCUGGUAUAGUACAUCAGGUCAAUCUUGAAUAUCUUGGACGGGUUGUUUUCAACAAUGAGGGCUUACUCUAUCCUGACAGUGUGGUUGGGACUGAUUCACAUACAACUAUGAUUGAUGGGCUUGGAGUAGCUGGAUGGGGUGUUGGGGGUAUUGAAGCAGAGGCAGCAAUGCUUGGCCAGCCUAUGAGCAUGGUGUUACCUGGUGUUGUCGGGUUUAAGUUAUCUGGAAAACUUCGCAAUGGUGUUACAGCAACUGACUUGGUUCUAACCGUGACACAAAUGCUUCGGAAACAUGGUGUUGUUGGCAAAUUUGUUGAAUUUUAUGGUGAUGGUAUGGGUAAAUUAUCAUUAGCUGACAGGGCCACUAUUGCCAAUAUGUCUCCUGAAUAUGGAGCAACCAUGGGUUUCUUCCCUGUGGAUCAUGUUACAUUACAAUACCUCAAGUUAACUGGACGAAGUGACGAGACUGUGGCGAUGAUCGAGGCCUAUCUCAGAGCAAACAAAUUGUUUGUUGACUACAAUGAGCCUCAACAAGACAGAGUUUAUUCAUCCUAUCUUGAAUUGAACCUUGAUGAUGUUGAGCCCUGUAUCUCGGGACCAAAGAGACCUCAUGAUCGGGUGCCUUUGAAAGAAAUGAAGGCUGAUUGGCAUGCAUGUCUUGAUAACAAAGUGGGGUUUAAGGGAUUUGCUAUACCAAAAGAAGCUCAAGGCAAAGUUGCAAAAUUUGAUUUUCAUGGGCAGCCAGCAGAGCUCAAGCAUGGUAGUGUUGUGAUUGCUGCAAUCACAAGCUGUACAAAUACAUCAAACCCAAGUGUUAUGCUUGGAGCUGGUCUUGUUGCAAAAAAGGCUCAUCAGCUAGGUUUGCAGGUCAAGCCUUGGGUAAAAACAAGUCUUGCUCCCGGCUCUGGAGUUGUUACAAAAUAUCUACUUCAGAGUGGCCUGCAAAAGUAUCUAAAUGAACAGGGCUUCCAUAUUGUUGGAUUUGGCUGUACCACAUGCAUUGGCAAUUCCGGGGAUCUGGACGAAUCAGUUGCUUCUGCUAUCUCAGAAAAUGACAUUGUAGCGUCUGCUGUGUUGUCUGGGAAUCGUAAUUUUGAGGGCCGUGUGCAUCCCUUGACAAGAGCUAACUACCUUGCCUCGCCUCCGCUAGUUGUUGCUUAUGCUCUUGCUGGCACGGUUGACAUUGACUUUGAAAAGGAGCCAAUAGGGACAGGGAAGGAUGGCAAGAAUAUCUACUUGAGGGAGAUUUGGCCAUCCACUGAAGAAAUUGCAGAGGCUGUCCAAUCCAGUGUAUUGCCUGACAUGUUCCGAAGUACAUAUGAAGCUAUUACCAAGGGUAACCCUAUGUGGAACCAACUACAAGUUCCUGCUGACACCCUGUACUCGUGGGACCCUAACUCAACAUAUAUUCAUGAACCUCCAUACUUCAAGGACAUGACCAUGGAUCCUCCUGGAGCUCAUGGCGUUAAAGAUGCCUAUUGCCUGCUGAAUUUUGGUGACAGUAUAACUACUGAUCACAUUUCUCCUGCUGGAAAUAUUAACAAGGACAGUCCUGCUGCAAAAUACCUUCUGGAGCGUGGGGUGGAACGCAAGGACUUCAAUUCUUAUGGAAGUCGUCGUGGCAAUGAUGAGGUGAUGGCAAGGGGAACUUUUGCCAACAUUCGUCUUGUUAACAAGCUUUUGAAUGGAGAAGUUGGCCCCAAGACGGUUCACAUUCCUACAGGGGAGAAGCUUUACGUGUUCGAUGCAGCACAUAGAUACAAGGCUUCUGGGCAGGACACCAUUGUGCUAGCUGGAGCUGAAUAUGGCAGUGGAAGUUCAAGAGAUUGGGCAGCCAAGGGUCCCAUGCUAUUGGGAGUGAAAGCUGUGAUAGCUAAAAGUUUCGAGAGAAUUCAUCGCAGUAAUUUGGUAGGAAUGGGUAUCAUUCCUCUUUGCUUCAAAGCUGGUGAGGAUGCUGACACAUUGGGAUUGACUGGUCAUGAACGUUAUACCAUUGACCUCCCAAGUAAAAUCAGCGAGAUAAGGCCUGGCCAAGAUGUCACUGUCAAAACUGAUACUGGAAAAUCUUUCACCUGCACAGUUCGCUUUGACACUGAGGUGGAACUUGCUUACUUUAACCAUGGAGGCAUACUUCCAUAUGUCAUCAGGAACCUCAUUAAGCAGUGAAGUCAAUGUUGAUAGGAAAUAUUAAAUGCCGUGGCCACUGCGCUUGCGCCUUUCAAGUGGGAAUAAAAUGUGAGAGCAAUGAGAAUAAAUUUCCAGUUAAUAGGAAAGGAUCCCUUCUCAAGGGAGGCAAUUUUUUUUGACACUAACAGGUGUUUAUAUUAGGCCUGUAAACAUCGGGUACAUUGAUUAUUGGUUUCUGAUUUCUGUGCGAUCUGUGUGCCCAUUGAACAAUGGGAACAAUAGUAUUUUUGUACAAGUUAAUGUUGAUCCCUGCCUAUGGCCGGGGGCAUCGGCUAAAACUGCUGUGUAAGGUAGUGAAUAUUCUUUUGACCAAUAUCGCCGACGCUUCCUGAAAAAGUCACACGAGGACAACAUUGUACUUAUAAUCAUCAUGUUCUUAUACGCAAUAUUUCUAAACUACGUGGAAUGA